AUGUCGCGCUUGUUACCAGCAACCAUGGUGACUGUAUUCAUGCCAUCAUCGUCAUCAGGGGCAGCGGCAUACACACAGCGAGAGGACGGAGUGUGUAACGUGGUGGAUGUUUUCUGCCUUGGCAGUCAAUGUGUAUGGUUUGUGGUAAACAGUGCAAACCACGUAACAGCCAACAAGGGCACAUCGCGACAACGCAGCAGCAUUUCAUUUCCAGAGCAAGGGACAGACCAAGGCGCGGCAGCGGAGGGCGAUUUUCUCCUUCUGAGAGAGUUGCAGCGAGUCGCCCGUGUGGUGACGUUUAGCGAUGCUGAUGCGACACGACAACAUGGAGAGUGCCCUCGAUGCUCUGGGAAAGGUGAGGGCAUCGCAUCUGUGUCAACGCUGUUUGUUCAAGGGUUGCAUGUCGUUCUCUUCUUUGUCAUGGAGUGUCAUUGCAUGGCGUUUGCCUCCUUUUUCAUCGAUACUUCUCCUGAAACGAAUGACAGUAACCAGAGCACAGGAAAGGCCCAGCUGUUUGCAGUGCGGUGGUUUUGUGGGGACGUGAAAGCGAAUGCAACUCCUCACACGCUUCCCCGUCAAAUUAGCGUCCCGGUGAGUGCUAUUUUGGAGGCAUAUAAUUAUGACGCUUCUUCUAUUACCACCACCGUAUCGUCUUUCCCGUCUUCCUCUUCACCCUUGUUGCGGCAGGGUCAACGCAACUGGAAAAAUGUUCCAGCUCGUCUUGUUACGCGAAACACUUCCUCGUGUUUUAUCCUGCGUCUUGUAUUUGCGCGCACGAUGGGAUGGAUGGAGUAUGUGGAUAUCGCGUGGCAGGAGGAUGUGGAAGGAAGCGCCCCGUCACCCUGGAGGACACUACACGGGUUUCGGAAGCUCACAGUGGGGUCGCUGUAUUUGGGGAAGAUGGGUGGCGUGCCCGGGGAGGUGCGGGCCAUAACUUGGAUGUCGUGCUCGCGUGACUACGAGCAGCAGUACCCGUUACUUGCUGUUCUGCACCAGAGCGCCCCCGUGUUUGGGGAUCCGUUUCUUGAUCGUCUCUCUGUUUGCAUGCUUUCCGCACGGCGGCAGCCCGUGACACCAACAGACGAUGAUGGUGUCAGCUGGAUAACUUACCGUGAGACAUUGCAGGGAACUCUUAUGGAAGGCCCGUGGUGUCUGGAGGCUGUCACGCUUGCACACCCUUCUUUUCUUCUGCAUGCUGCUUCUCUGGACGAAGGCGAAAUGGGGGGCGGUAAUGAAGUUUUGGGUAUAUUUCUUCGACCGGCUCAUGUUAUGUAUCCUAUGAGCGCGUUACUGCGUGAAGAGAGCGCGUAUGCCGCUUGGGAACCUUUGGCUGCCGCGGAAACAUGCAAUUAUACGAAGUCAGACGAAAUGUACUUCUCGCUUUUCACAGAAGACGGUGAGGUAGCACGGUGCCACGUUGGUGGCUUUAUUGAAAGCGCUGUCGCGUGUUCGAUGACAGCCCCAGAGUCUCGGCGCUUGAGUAGUGCUGCGGGAGGCAGGGAACGUGUUGUUGCCGUUGUGUUGGCAAUGCGGAGUGCGGGUGACGUGUUGCUUUUGGAGGUCGGGACCACCUCUGCAGCAGCUGCUGACGCCUCCGCUAGUGCUGGUAGUGGGCGAGGCGUCCGAAGGCAGGCGAAUGGGAAGGCUCCACUAAAGAUGACCAUUUUGAACUGCCGAAGGGUUUCUGCAUGGGAUUCUGACGUGCCACGCGCCCUGCGGCAUCUUCACCGGUUUAUUGGCCUUCACUGGGACGACGCAGGGGGCACGGCAUUUCUCCUUGCGACCCACCAGGAUGACAAGACCCACCAGGUGGGUUGCAGUUUACUAAUGGCAGAGUUGGUGCUGCAGGGAAGUGACAAGCUUCAGUUCACGUGGUUUGGUGCCUGUAAGGGUUCCAUGGUGGAAGCAGGAAUUAGUUCUCGUGGGUUUCCUUUACGUGUAGGCCUGCCUUCGCUGGUGCGACCGCCCAGUACAGUUGAGGUAGGGUACAACCUUGGGAGCGUCCAGCAUGCUCCGCUGCAUGUACUUUGCCGUUGCGCCAUUCUGCAGGAUGAUGCAGCGGAUGUAUGGGCGUGGGAAGUUGUCAUCUUUCGCUCUGGAGAUAUUUGCCUCGUGUGUCGCAGUAUGCCACAUGAUGCACGCUGGAAGGGCAACGACCCCACUGUUUUUUGCAGGCGACUUUCAAAGAUACAGUGGCGGCAUUUAGAGAACACGACAGUGGUGGAUGCCUUGGUCCUCCUUUUUUCCUCUGGAUCAGCUGACAUCUGCAUGGCAUCCUUCUGGACCACUGAUAGUGGCACGACGCCGGGUCUUGCUGAGUUGGACGGUGCGAGUUCGCUACGUGAGCUGCAGUUGCUUUUGGUGUGUCGAAGCACUGUGAUUCUCAUGACAGCGGAGGGCCACGUGGUAUGUGUGAGUGAUGCGCAUCCUCGUUUGCCUAUGACGAAUGUCGGCCUUAGCACCAACCCGUUGGAGAUGAAGACAGCGAAAAAGCAUGGCGGAUGA